AUGUCACAUAGCGAAGACGAGAAAGACCAGCCCCACGAAGAUCUGGCGGGGACUGCUGUGACCAACUGGCAGCAAGACGGAAACCACCAAGAGGAGAGUGAAGAGCCUCGGGACUCUGGAAGGGGCCAAGUGGAAACGGCCCAGCUGAGCCUGGAGCCCUCUACCACCGAGCGGCAGGAGGGAAAAGCUGGGAGUGACCUGUCCUGGAGCCCCAGAAUAACAUCUCACAGGAAGAGGAAACAGGAACAGGGCUCCAGUUUUGAUACUGAUGAAGAGGAAGAGGAAUUUGAAACACCAAAGAGGAUCCUCUUAGACACGGAUGUAACACUCCCAGACAUCCCCCUGCCGCCCAUCCAGGCCAGCUGGGACCCUCUUCCAGCUCCAGAGUCCCAGACCUCCUAUGAGAACAUCAGGAGAGCUCAAGCAAACCACACUCUGCCUCUGGAGUCCCCGCCAAGGGCCCCUCAGGAGGAAGACUGGACCCAGGAGAAUUGGGGGACUGGAGGAGCUCUGCUGCCAGACAACACCAACAUAAACCCAGUCCCCUACCUGUAUUGGUACCCUCCAGCCUUCCCAGUACCAGCUCCUGUGGUCCAGUAUAUCCUGCGCCCGAGGUAUCGAAGCCUCAUCAAGCCUAUACGGGCCAAAUUCCCCUGCUACCCCAUCCUCAGAAAACCAACAGUGAAGAGCUUUUACAGGAGGACCAUCAGAAAACGAAUUUAGAAUGAAGACCCCCAGGUCUCUUCUUCUCGCGGGGAAUGAAACAGCUAAGUAGCCCACAUCUUCUCCUGCUGCUACCAAACCGUGGCUCCAUCCGAGGGCUCCAUCCCCGCCGUGUUUUGCUGCGGUUACAACUCGGGCUGAGCGGAUCCCCGUGAGACAGACCGUGGUUCGGGCAGAGACAAGGCUCCUCCCCAGGUCCAGGCUGCGUGUUUCCUCGGGUGGCCACGAAGGACACUAUCUCAGCCCAGUGACACCCCACGGCACUCACCCUCGCCAUCAGACGGAAGGGAACGCUCCCCAAAAACACACACAAAGUGCCCACCGGCUCGGCCACGGAGCUCU